UUGUGUUCAUUUUGCCUUUUCCAGUGCGAACCACCCAGAAAGGAUGGAUUGGAGCACUUUGCAGACUAUUCUGGGGGGUGUCAAUAAACACUCCACCAGUAUUGGAAAGAUCUGGCUCACUGUCCUCUUCAUUUUUCGCAUUAUGAUCCUGGUUGUAGCUGCAAAGGAAGUGUGGGGAGAUGAACAGGCUGACUUUGUCUGCAACACUCUGCAGCCUGGGUGCAAAAACGUGUGCUAUGAUCAUUACUUCCCCAUCUCUCACAUCCGGCUCUGGGCCCUUCAGCUAAUCUUCGUGUCCACACCGGCCCUCUUGGUGGCCAUGCAUGUGGCCUACCACAGGCACGAGAAGAAAAGGAAGUUCAUUAAGGGAGAGAUAAAGAGUGAAUAUAAAAACAUCGAAGAAAUCAAAAGCCAGAAGGUCCGAAUUGAAGGGUCACUGUGGUGGACCUACACCAGCAGCAUCUUCUUCCGGGUUGUCUUUGAAGCUGUCUUCAUGUACGUCUUCUACAUCAUGUAUGAUGGGUUCUCCAUGCAGCGUUUGGUGAAAUGUAAUGCCUGGCCUUGUCCCAAUACAGUGGACUGCUUUGUUUCCAGGCCCACAGAAAAGACUGUCUUCACAGUGUUCAUGAUUGCAGUGUCUGGAAUUUGCAUACUGCUAAAUGUCACUGAAUUGUGUUAUUUGCUAAUCAGAUAUUGUUCUGGAAAGUCAAAAAAACCAGUUUAAAAUAUUACCCAGAUAUUAGAUAAAAGAUAGCAGGAAAAGAAUGAGGCAACCAGUGCUUAGUUGUCAAGGCCCAGUCACCAGCAUUUCCCAAGGUCAAGAUUUUUAUCUGAAACACAUCCAUUUGAAACUCCUGUAGCUCUCAUGUUGAACUACAAAUGCCUCUAAGGGCACUCUUCUCUCCUACAGCUAAAAAAACAAAGGCUUGAUCCUAUGCCUAUAUUGACUUUUACUCAAAUUAGUUACAAUGAAACCCUGUGCUGGUAGGGGUUAUUGGUGCAAGGUAAUAUCAGCAUUUGUUUCUAUUUCUUUGAGGAAAGGAGAGAAAUGCCAGGUCCUGAAGAGGACACUGAGAAGGAUGGGUUGCUCCUCUUAAGGUUCCUUUUGUCAUUUUCCCCUGAAUUAAAGAUAAACAUAGAGAAUCUUGGUUCUUUUAUUCACUUUGGAAGUUCUAGUCUCUAAUGAUAGGCAAGGUUCUCUAAUGCUUCAAACUCUGUCAUACUUUUUUUUUUUAAGUGAACAUUUGAAAAUAUAUUCUUUUGAUCUACAAGACAUUCUGAAAACCAUUAUACGUUCCUCCUAUUUCAAAGGCUCAGAUAGUGAUAUGUAAAUGAUGUGUAAUUAAAUACUAUCAUUGAAUUUAAAAUGUGGCCUCUCAGUUAUGAAUAAUUUGCAGGGCCACUGUAUUAACUGUGGUAUGUAGUCCACAAAAGCAUUAUGACGUCUCUCUCAUGAAACAGACUAGAAGUUCUUAGUGAUGGCUUGACAGCCAAUGGCCUCAUUUCACAACUUUAGGUGUAAUUUUGCAGGAGAAACAUAGACAAUGUAUCACCAACUGCCACCAGCUACAGGCUGGCUCAAGAUACCCUGACUCCCCUUUCAACAUUUGCCUUUCCCAUGACUGGUAAAGGGUGGGAAGACUGAUUUAAAGAAGUUGCUUGGGAUUACUUUGUUGUCACAGUACAAAACCAAAUGGGGCGGGGUAGUUACUAUUUUUAAAGAACAGGUGGAAAGACUGGACUCUAAAUUCUGGUGAUUAAAAAAUGAGUUUCAUCUUCAAAA